UCGACAAAUAUGUUUCAUCUGAAGAAGACUCACUUACACAGGCGUUCUAAAAAGAACAUUGUUGUCCCUGGCUCUAACCCAUUUGAUUCAGACCAAGAAUCAAACAAGAAAACCCAUCAACCAUUUUCACAUAUAGCCUCUUCUGAACCAAUAUUGAUCCAUGGACAAGAUUCAAGGAUCAAGCUAUUUGAAGAUAGUGGUAAUAAAGUAAAGCCAUCUUCCCACACUGUUCUUUGGUCUGCAAAGAGCAGAUACAAAAAUGAUUUUACUAAUUCGGGUGGAUUAGAGAAUCAGUCAGUGCAAGAAUUGGAGAACUAUGCUGAGUACAAGGCUGAGGAAACAACUAAGACAGUCAAUAGUUGUUUGAAGAUAGCAGAAAAUAUGAGGGAUGAUGCUACCAAGACUUUGGUUGCUUUGCAUCACCAAGGCGAACAAAUUAACAGGACCCAUGCUGCUGCUGCUAACAUUGAUUAUGAUCUUAGCAGGGGCGAGAAGCUUUUAGGAAGUCUUGGAGGAUUUUUUUCUAAAAAGUGGAAACCAACUAAAACCCGUAAAAUCUCAGGGCCAAUCGCGACAGAAGAUGAGAACAAGGGAAGAGGUGUUCACCUUAAACAGCACGAGAAACUUGGAUUGAACAAUGCAAGUAAAGGAAAGACUAAUGCACGAACAACAUAUCCCGAGCCAAAUGAUGUCUACCAGAAAGUUGAGGUGGAGAGGGCAAAACAGGAUGAUGCACUUUCUGGUUUGAGCAAUAUAUUGGAUGAGCUGAAAGACAUGGCAAUUGGCAUGAGAUCUGAACUUGAUAGAGGGCUCGAUCCGAUUAUUAAUGACGUUGACGAGUUAAAUUUUCGUCUGAAAGGCGCGAAUAAACGUGGGCGACACAUCCUGGGGAAGUAGGAUCUGUUCUUAGUCUUGGCUUAGGAUAGUAGGAUGUUGUCUUACCAAUUCUUUUUUGUUGUCUCUUUUGAAGACCAUUAUGUUCUACACUAUUACAAUGUACAAGAUUAGUAAUGAUUGUUUUCUAUAUGAAAUAAGAUGUAUUUU